CAGGCGGCCGCCGUACAGGCAGCGGCCGUUACCCGGCGCAACGGCGGCGGCGCCAUGAGGGAGGGCGGCGAGCCCGAGGGGCUGGCGCUGGAGCUGGAGCUGGAGCGGGAGCGGGGCAAGAAGGAAGUGCUUCAAAACUCAAUAUUUGAAUUGAGAAACACAGUAAAAGAACUGGAAAAGAGACUUAGCAGUGUUGAAGAUGAAGGUAAUGAAUGGAAAACCAGAUAUGAGAUGCAAGUAGAAUUGAACAGACAGCUGGAAAGGCAAAUCAAUAUGCUAAAAGACAAAGUAGAGCUUAUUCGUGGAAACCCAACAGAUAAAUUGUCCAUUGUUCGCAUCUUUGAUCAAAUGCCUGUGGGUUCCUUGAAGGAGGUUCUUAAACAACUAGAAGAAGAGAAAAAAAGUCUCCAGAAUCAGCUAAAAGAUUACGAACUUAGACUGGAACAAGAGGCAAAGGCUUACCACAAAGCUAAUGAUGAGCGGCGCAUGUACCUCUCAGAGAUCUUACAGACAUCGUCUACACUUACAAUUGUUGAAAGGCAAAACCCAGAUGCUCUGACAGACAAGGGAGAAAGUCAGAUACUGAGAGGGAGACGCAGUAUUCCACGAAAUCUGAAGAUGGUUAAUCCCCAAAAAGGACUGAUUAAAAAGACUGCAGGAGUGAAGCAGCUUCCCAAACUAAAGCACUGAUUUACAUGAAUAUACAUGCAAAGAAUUCCAAUCACGUUUAUUCUUUCUUCUUUUUUACUGAAAAUUUCUAAAUUCAAAAUGAAUGUGUUUGUGCUACAUUGUACCGAGCCCAGACCAGCACAUCUUCUUGGCAGCGUUAGUGUAAGUGUUCCUCUUUUCCUGAUGGAAUUGUUCUUCUAGUUGCCAUCCUUGUUCUGGUGAGCUCUGACCUUUUCCAUUCUGGUUCUCAUCUGUGAUUCUGGGCAUCAGGGAAUUGCGAGCCUUGGAGGACAUUUCAUUUGUUUAUAUCCAGCGUAGAUCCUUGAACUCUGACUGCACAAUAACUUGAAAAUAAAUAAGCCUUUAGCAUUUUUGACCUAUCAAC